CUAAAACCCAAAGCUUGGCUAAUACGUCAACCAUAGUUGAGUCGAGAUGAUCCCUUCUAGUGAAAUAAGUUCAGAGUCAUUAGCUGCAACACAAGCGAAUCUUAUCAGCUAUAUCGCUAUGACCUAUUUUGUUGGAGCCUACACCAUAUGCAGAGUGAUAAACAGAACAGAGAUAACGAUCAAUGUCCCAAUUAACGAGCUGCCGAUCGCCGUUGUUCAGCUCCCCAACGGAAUGGUCGAGGCAAUCAAUCUCGGAUGCUCCGUAUUCUUGAUCGAAGAGGAUGCCGUAUUUUGGUUUCUAGAUGCGUUCGUAAAAAUACACGAUGCGGCUCGCUUUCGAUGUUCCAUGAAGUAUUUUGUAGUGACGCUACAAUCUACCGGCAGGGAUCAGUUGGACGUUCUCGAUCGGGUUCAAACGCACCCAGUUCUUGAAAACAUGCCCAAUUUUCUGUUGGUGGUUCCCAAAGUGGGAAAAUUUGAAUUCAUUACGAAUCGCUUCGUUGGAAAUUCCCCAAUGUCUUGCGAAUAUAUUUUGCUGGAUGAGUACAGUAUCGAAAGUGAUUCAUUCGUUUACGGCGAGAAUCUUUUUCCGGACAAGUUGAGUGAUCUUAUGGGUAAGACCAUAAGAGUAGCUUCAUUUUACCUUAUACCGUGGUUCAUGAUGCACAAGGCGGAUGAUGGACUCAUAACAUACCAGAAUCAGUCGUAUACCGCAGACGGAUCGGAUGGAUAUUUUAUAAUUCUGUUUUGCUUACGGCACAAUUGCACCUGGGAGCUGCAUGUGGAUGAAAAGAAUCUCUACGGGCAAGUGUUCGAGAACGGCUCUGGCAAUGGGUUGUUCGGGGCAUUGCUGGACCGCAGCGUUGAUUUCGCCGUGGGAGGUGUCGGAUCAUACUCCAAAUUGUUUCCAUAUUUCAGUAUAUCGAAGCCACUUCGGCGGGCUGCAGUGACCUGCUUAGCAGCCAAACCCAAGUUGGUACCGUACUGGAAGUUUAUUUUUAUCGUCUUCUCGCCAUCAAUCUGGAAAAUGCUGAUGAUAACUUCUAUAACAUUGGCAUCAUGCCUUUUCAUAGCGAAUGGAAAAAGCUCAAAGAGCCGUGACAAGGAUUAUUUGUGGAUCUUUGUAAAUGUUCUCAAGUCUUUGUUGCUGUACUCAACAGAUCUAAACAGGAGCAAUGCUUCAAGCGUUAUUCUGAUAACGUCUCUAUUAAUAUUCUCUCUUAUAGUUGGAAAUGUUUACAUAGGACAAAUUCACAGCAUCUUGACCCUUCCUCCUUAUCAACCUUCGAUAAAUACUGUGCAAGAACUGAUUACGAGCGGGCUUCAACUGAUAGAACGCCAUCCAAUAUGGAUGUUCGCCAUCGACGGAUCAAGCAACCCCAAAGAUCAGAAGCUUAUGGAACAGUUCCGGGUGACCACUCCUGAGCAUAUGACGGAAAUAGUGAACAACGGAGACGAGGCCAUUUUGAUUGUGUUGCUCGAGAGCGGUCACACCAUGGUGAGCGAUGCGUUCAGUACACAAAACAUCAAACACUACCGGAUCAUGAGCGAGCAGUUGUACUUUGAGUACGAGAUAGCAUAUGCCACCAAGACAUGGCCUCUGCUGGACAGGAUCGAUCAGCUGAGCAUGUGGGCUCGGGAUGCCUGCCUGUUUCAGUACUUGGAACAGAUCAUGGUGGAUCGGUAUAUGAACUACUGGGUGCAGGUGGCAAUAGAGCAUUCUCGCGAAAUGCCUCAUGUUCAGCUGAAAAACAUGGUUGUCGAAGAAAUUUCCGGCGCUUUGAUGAUUCUCGUUGUAGGCCUGACGGGGUCGACUUUGGCUUUUCUCUUAGAAAAUGUUGUUUGUUACAGUUUUCGUUAUGUUAAGCAGGUUCUAAUGAAAUAAAAAGAUAUGAAU